AUGUGGAGGCUUGUCGUGGUGAACUUAUUGUUUGCUAGUUCAGUUCUAGCAAUUAAUGGUAAAUGCAGAAUCCUCGCUCUUGGAGGAGGCACUGACAAAGGUGCUUACCAAGCUGGUGCAAUAAUUGGACUGAUUCAAAAUCUCCCAUCAGGGGAAGCUGUGUGGGAUGUGGUUACAGGAAACGGCGUCGGCGCAUUUAACGCAAUCAUUCUUGGCAACUAUGCCCUUGGACAAGAAUCCAGCGCAAUUUCGGUGCUAAAUAACACCUGGAACACCUUCACUCCAAAUCAAUUUUACAAACAAUGGCCAGGUGGAGAAAUCACAGGCAUUUAUUGGGAAAAAGGCUUAUUUGACACCUCUCCUAUGGGUCCUACAAUCAACAAAAAAAUCCCAAGCACUUUCCAGAGAUGGACUGCAGUUGGUGCCACAGAUCUUGUAUCUGGAAACUAUGUCCUUUUCAACAGUUCAUUCCUAGAUAGCGAAACCAUGGCAAUAGGUGUUAAAGCCAGCUUAGCUACUCAAGGAGAAUUCCCAUGGAUUCCAUACAGCAACCUUCAGCUUUCAACUGGAUGUAUUAAAUACACCGUCGAUAUUCUAGAUGCAGUCACUGCCUGCACCAACAAAGGAUAUACAACUGACCAAAUGUUCGUAGAUGUCGUUAUGGUUGCAGGAAAAACCAUUCAACAAAUCGAUGCAUCAAAAUUCAAGACUCCAGAUGUUUUCCAUAGAUACUUAGAAAUUUCAGCUUUCCAAGAUACAAUGAGAGUAGAAGAGACUGUGAACCAUGAUUAUCCUGAUGUAACUGUAAGGAACCUUAUUUUCCCAUCCCAGACACUCAACUCUUCAAGCUUGCCUUACGAUUAUGAUGCAAGUGAACUUAGAGCGCAAAUUGCAUUGGGAAUGUCAGAUGCGAAAAGUCCAAACGUAACUUUAUCAUAUUAUAUGGCUUUUCAAUAA